AAAUCAGAAGUAACAACUAUAUCUUAUACUGAAGAACGACAAGAAGUUAAAAACAGUUUAUUGUAUAAAGAAAUUAACAGACCGAAAAAGAAUAAAGAUCUUGAAGACUUUGAACAUAGAUACUGGUUGAACAAUUUGAUACAAAAACAGUUGCGAAAUGGAUUAGAAUUAACACAAUAUUACAGCUUAAGGAAUUUUAAAACAAUUCGACUAACCCCAGAAAAAACUGAAGACGUCAAAUCAAAAAUUACAAAGAAUAAAACAAAAAUACUACCCAGAACAAUUGGAAAA